AUGGAGGACCGCGAGAAGCAGCGCAAGGAGCGCGAGGAGCAGCGCAAGCGCGCCGAGGCCGAGGCGGAGAAGAAGAAGCUCGCGGCGGCCGAGGCCGAGGCCGACGCGGGCGAGGGCGGCGAGGACGCGACGGACGACGUCCAGUUCUCCGACUACCAGCCGCUCAAGCUCCGGGGCGGCCUCGCGCACCCGGACCCCGUCGUCGAGAACGCGUCGCUGUCGGCCGUGCGGCCCCCGGACCUCGGCGGCGACGUCCUGGCGAACCUCGACGCUUCCAUCAUCGCCCAGGGCAAGCUCAGCGCCCUCCAGCUCGAGAGCGUCGCGUACGCGCGGCAGCGCUUCGACAUGCGGCUCGAGAGCGGCGCGCGCUGCGGCUUCUUCAUCGGCGACGGCGCGGGCAUGGGCAAGGGCCGCCAGCUCGCGGGCAUCAUCGCGCAGCACUGGAACGAGGGCGUCGAGCGCCACCUCUGGGUCUCCGUGUCCAACGACCUCAAGUUCGACGCGGAGCGCGACCUCCGGGAUCUGGGCUGCGCGCACAUCCCCGUGAUCCCGCUCAACAAGUGCGACUACGGCACCCUGAAGGAGAAGAAGGGCGUCAUCUUCUGCACCUACAGCGCCCUCAUCGCGGCGCGCAAGGGCAAGAAGCCCCAGCGGCGCCUCGACCAGAUCCUCGCGUGGUGCGGCCGCGCGAGCUUCGGCGGGUGUUUGUUGUUCGACGAGUCGCACAAGGCGAAGAACCUCUUCGGCGGCUCCGGCGGCGGCAAGCCGACCAAGGUCGGCCAGGCGGUCAUGGAGCUCCAGACGUCCCUGCCGGACGCGCGCGUCGUCUACUGCUCCGCGACGGGCGCGUCGGAGCCGCGCCACCUGGGCUACAUGGACCGCCUCGGGCUCUGGGGCGGCGACGCGUGCCCCUUCGCGUCGUUCCGGUCCUUCCUCACGGAGGUGGACAAGCGCGGCGUCGGCAUGAUGGAGCUCGUGGCCAUGCACCUGAAGCAGCGCGGCGCGUUGGUGUGCCGCGCGCUGUCGUUCAAGAACUGCACGUUCGAGCUCAUGGACGGCAUCAUGAACGUCCACGUCGAGAAGGUCUACGACCGCGCCGCCGAGCUCUGGGACGUGCUCAAGCGCGUCAUGGAGGAGAUGUUAAGGGCCGGCGAGCUCGCGGACCCGUUCGCGGUCUCCGAGGAGGAUUUGGCCGAGGGCAAGAAGGCGCGCCGCGGCCACGGCAUGCUCUGGCGCUACUUCUGGGGCGCCCACCAGCGCUUCUUCAAGGACCUCUGCGUCGCGUCCAAGGUGCCCGCCGUCAUCGACGUCGCCAAGAGCGCGCUCGCGGACGGCAAGUGCGUCGUCAUCGGGCUCCAGUCGACGGGCGAGGCGCGGACCAAGGACGCCAUCGAGGAGUACGGCGACGUCAUGGACGACUUCGUCUCCGCGCCCCGCGCGACCCUCGACCGCUUCGUGCGCAAGGUCUUCGCGUGCCCGGAC